AUGAAAAAGAAUAUUUACGUUGUAAAGGUUAAGCCAAAGAGUGGAAAUUCUCAUUCCUGUAAAACUGAAGAAGAUAGUCACUCGAAAUACGAAAACUGUCAAGACAUUUGUCAACAGGAGUUUGAUGUAUAUGGUAGAGAAACAAGCGGGCACGGUUUGAAGCGCAUGCUUGGCACUGGUACCGGACGAGUGGAACGCGCACUUUGGGCUCUGUGCGUCGUGUCCUCACUGUGCCUACUCAUUUAUUUCAGUCAAUACCUUGCCAAACGCUUUACUCAUAGUGCAUUGAAAACCACCAUAUACUCCACCAAUUACCCCAUCUACAAGGUACCCUUUCCCGAAGUGACUAUAUGCAAUAAGAAUCGCUUGAAUUGGGCGCGCCUGGAAGAGGUAAAGCACAAAUUUCUGUGGCAUGCACAUCAUAACACUUCGUACGAGCGGCUAUUCGUGGAGAUUGUCGCCAUGUAUGACACAUUCAUGUUCGGCUACUUCGUACGUUUCGCGAAUCUAACGGAUAAGCCGAUAGCGGAACUCAAUUACAUCAAUUUCACUGAGGUGGCGCGUAGCAUGACUUGGCGUUGUGAGGAGUUGCUAACGGAUUGUGUGUGGCGUUAUCACCCUGUGAACUGUUGCGAUAUCUUCAUAAGACGGCGCUCGAAUUUGGGCAUCUGCAUGGCAUUCAAUUCGGUAGAAUCGUCUAGAGGGCUUUUGAAACAGAAAAUGGACUCGAAGUGGCCAUGGCGUGUGGGCGACGGUGGUUUGAGGAACGGUCUGCAAGUUCGCACAUUACUGAAUGAAGAUAAGCAUUCGCCGUACUCGACCAAUUCGAAAGGUAUUUCGAUCAUGAAUGUGCAACCCCAUGUCUGGAGCUUUUCUUCUAUAGAUAUACCGAAGGAUGUUUAUGCGCGUGUUUACCUCGAUGCCUUUAUGAGUUUCUACGAUCCAGCCACGAAGCGUGUGUCGUCAACGAAGCGACAAUGCGUCUUUAAGGACGAAGAGGAUAGUCCCGACUUUAAAACUCUUACCGGUCACGUUUAUAUGUAUGAGAAUUGCCUCGCUGAAUGCCAGCAACAGCACCUAAUGAAGUUUUGUAACUGCACUGUGGAAAUAUUUUUCCCAAUCGGACCCUAUCCAAUAUGCAAAUUGGUGGACUUUCCUUGUUUGGCACGUUUUGGCACCGUAAGGAUUGGAAUUAUGUUGGAAUGA